AUGGCGACGGUCAGAAAACUGUUGCUCCACGUCCUGCUCGCUUACCUAACCUUUUACCCAUACCCCUCCGCAUAUGUAGACGAGUGUGCAGAGGACUCAGACGACUGCCACAUCGACGCCCUCUGCCAGAACACAGCCAAAUCCUACAACUGCAUCUGCAAGCCUGGAUACAAGGGAGAUGGAAAACAGUGCGAGGACAUGGACGAAUGUGAGAACGACUACAAUGGGGGCUGUGUCCACGAAUGCAUCAACAUACCAGGCAACUACAGGUGCAUGUGCUACGAUGGAUUCAUGCUGGCCCACGAUGGACACAACUGUCUGGAUGUGGAUGAGUGUCUGGACAACAACGGUGGAUGCCAGCAAGUGUGUGUUAACACUAUGGGGAGCUAUGAGUGCAUGUGCACAGAGGGCUUCUUCCUCAGUGACAACCAGCAUACCUGCAUCCACCGCUCUGACGAUGGAAUGAACUGCAUGAACAAGGACCACGGCUGCGCCCACAUCUGCAGGGAAGCUCCAGGGAAAGGCGGCGUGUCAUGUGAAUGCCGUCCUGGCUUUGAGCUGGCCAAAAAUCAGAAGGACUGCACAUUGACCUGUAACUAUGGAAACGGCGGUUGCCAGCACACAUGCAACGACACAGACACGGGGCCUGUGUGUGGCUGCCACCAGAAGUAUGCCCUGCAUUCGGACAGCAAGACCUGCAUUGAGAAAGAUGAGGCUGCAAUUGAGAGCUCUGAGUUCAAUGCCACGUCAGUAGCUGAUGUGGACAAGCGGGUGAAACGGCGGCUACUUAUGGAGACCUGUGCCGUCAACAACGGCGGCUGCGACAGGACGUGUAAAGACACAGCUACGGGGGUGCGCUGCAGCUGCCCUGUGGGAUUCACCCUCCAGCCUGAUGGCAAAACAUGCAAAGACAUCGAUGAAUGCCAGGAAAAUAACGGAGGCUGUGACCACUUCUGCCGAAACACUGUGGGCUCCUUUGAGUGCAGCUGCCAAAAAGGCCACAAACUUCUCACGGAUGAAAGGACAUGCCAAGACAUUGACGAGUGCUCCUUUGAGAGAACCUGUGAUCACACAUGCAUCAACUACCCUGGCAGCUUUGAGUGCUUGUGCAACAAAGGAUACAUCCUGUACGGUCUGACUCACUGUGGAGACAUCGAUGAGUGCAGCAUCAACAACGGCAGCUGUGAGCACGGCUGCAUAAACACCCAGGGCAGCUACGAGUGUGUGUGUCCACCUGGACAGAAGCUCCACUGGAACAAGAAAGAUUGCAUCGAGGGAGUGAAAUGUCUGCCCAAUGGGAAGCCAGCACCUCGAGCCCAGCUAACCUGCAUCAAGAGCGGAGGAGCUGAGGUCUGCUCGCUGUCCUGUCCCUCCAAUGCCCUCUUCCUCGCAGACUCAGAGAACAGCUACACACUGAGCUGCGGCGUGCCCGUCCAGCCUGGUAAACCUCCUCAGAAGAGGAACGUCACCACGGCUGUACCCGCCUGUGCCGACACAUUGGCACCACCCAUCAAGCAGAAGGCCAGGUUUAAGAUCAAAGAUGCCAAGUGUCACCUGAAGCCCCGCAACAAGGAGAAACACCGAGACGUAUCCAAGCAGAACAUCCAAGGAGGCCAGUUCCCCUGCACCGACGACUGCCAGGUAACUUUUGUCAACCUCAAGUGUGACUCAUCUAAGAAGCGCCGGCGAGGACGCAAAUCUCCUUCAAAGGAGGUUUCACACAUUACCGCUGAGUUUGAGAUGGAGAUGAAGGAGGAAGAUGCCUCAGAGUCGUGUAACGUGGACUGUGUGCGAGAGAGAAUGAAGCAGAGGCUGCAGAGUGCCAUGAGGACACUCAGAAAGUCCAUCACCAAACAGCAGUUCUACAUCCAGUUCUCUGGGACCGAAUAUGAAGUGGCCCAGAAGCCACCUAAGGCGGCAGAGGGUGCUGAGGCCUGCAGCACAGGACAAGUCCUCAGAGAUGGAAAGUGUGUGAGCUGUGGUGUGGGGACAUUUUAUAGUGGGGAGCAAGAGCAGUGUGUCCAGUGUCCCCCUGGGACAUACCAGGACACGGUGGGACAACUUUCCUGUGAGCCAUGUCCCAGUACUGAAGGACAGGGAAUCGCUGGUGCCAAGAAUGUGUCCCAGUGUGGAGGUCAGUGUCCAGUCGGUCACUUUUCUGAUGAUGGUUUCCGCCCAUGCCAGCCCUGCGCACUGGGCUUCUACCAGCCAGAACCAGGCCGUGUCCUGUGCUUCCCCUGUGGAGGAGGCCUCAUGACCAAGUAUGAAGGAUCUGUGUCCUUCAGGGACUGUGAGGCCAGAGCCCAUCCCACCUCUAUCACCACUUACGAGACGUGUCAGACCUACGAGCGUCCCAUCGCCUUCACCUCCCGCUCCCGUAAGCUCUGGAUCCAGUUCAAGUCCAACGAGGGGAACAGCGGCAAAGGCUUCCAAGUUCCGUACGUCACCUACGAUGAGGACUACCAGCAGCUGAUAGAAGACAUCGUGCGGGAUGGCAGGCUAUACGCCUCUGAGAAUCACCAGGAGAUUCUCAAGGACAAGAAGCUGAUAAAAGCCCUAUUUGAUGUGCUGGCUCACCCCCAGAACUAUUUCAAGUACACAGCAGCAGAGUCCAAAGAGAUGUUCCCUCGUUCUUUCAUCAAGCUGCUGCGCUCCAAAGUCUCCAGGUUCCUACGACCAUACAAAUAGACGGGCCCGUCUACGUCCUGGUCAACAACCCUGACAUCCUGCAUCAUUCCAAAUCCAGCAAACUAAAUGUAACCCAAACCCCCAUCCCACUUCUGCCCCGCCUCUGUCUAUUCAUCCAUGUAUAUUUGAGCUUUCUAACUCGUAAGACAUCACUAACAAUGGAGCUUUCUGUACAAGGUUUGACCGAUAGAGGUUUUUGAAGGCCAGUAUUUAUAUUUUUAUACUGUAUAUUGUAUUGAUAUAUUCUUUCUUAAAUUUGGAGAUUUUGCACUGAACUGUUAACUACCACAGGCAUGCUAUCUGAGUAAGGGUUUAUCUGGCAGUAACAAUGAAUACAUAUUUUUCAGUAGAAACAGUACAGUAACUAUGGUAAUUUACUAAUUUAGUAAAAUCAUCUGGCAAAUAUUUCCUUUCUCUGAAUGUUUUAUAGAAUGUAUAUAAAGUGGUGAUCAAGUGGAGGAUGUGCAGCGAAACAGCAGAGUCCCAACCUGUAGGUACAUCCCACAUGUCAGUUUGUUUCAUCUGCAGGAGCCCCCCCAUGCCCAAAAAACUGAAAUAUUAUGAGCAGCUUUGUGGAAAAAAGACGACUCGGUCUAUCGACUAGUCUUUCCUGGUCUGUCAGUGCUAGGCUAACCAGCCGUAAUCCAUUCCUCCACUGUUUUCUGCUUACAACACGACCUUUUCCAUCUGUUUUAUAGUCGAGCUGAUCAGGUGUGAAAAGACCUGUAACUGUACGUCUCUCGCUAAGACUAAAGCCCGAAUGCAGAACCCUGUGAAGGUGCAAGGGUGUUAUUCCCUGUCAGACUACUUCAAGUACAAUAUCCUACAAGGUUAUGAGAACAUAAGCAACACAGGCAAACAUGUUGGUACUCCAGCUUUAACAAAACCUCAUCUGCUCAUCCAACUCAAAAACAAAGCAGAUUGAUCAACAUGUAGCUGUUGUUUAAAACAUGCAUAUUAAAAAACUCUAAAAGUCUGAAUCGCCUGCUAUUACACAGCAGCACUUAACAAAGGCCAGCAUCAGCUACCCAGCAUAUCGGUCAAACUCUGUUUCUUCUUUCCUCACAGUCAUUUCCCGUUGUUUGCACAUUCUCUAACAACUGUAUCCUACAGUCUUUGCUUUCUGUGUUGUUAUGUCCUUUUUUAAUAUUUAUACUGAACAUUUUGGAACUUGCAGAUGUUUUAAAAAUGAUCUGUGAACAAGCGUGUGGACAUACACAGGUGCCCACGCAGAGCACAGCCUGAACUGGAUUUCUUUAUUGGCCCUGUCGUGCACGAGACAGAGAUGAGAAAACAACCAGUGCACUUAAAUCAGAAAUGUUAAAGUGGUGACAUCUAAAUCCUUUAAAUGCUUUAUCCACUGGGGAAAGAUUCAAUUGGGCAAAUUGCAAAAUCUACAUUGUAAUUUUGAGAUGAGAUAAAACUACCUGCAAGUAACAGAUUGUUACGUUAUAGAGAAAUGUACCUGGUGUAACUAGUAUUUGGAACUUUCAUUGCACUUGAAUUUUAUAUUUUAAACUGUAGUUACAUCUAAGUUACAUGUUUUGUUACCUUUUUGUGUUAUGUGCCCGGUGUGGUGGAGAUAAGAAAAAGAAGCAGCUGUGUCUCCUGUUAUUGCUUCCACUCUGUAGCUUGCAGUUACCCUCAAAUUUGUCUGAAUAACACACACACACACACACACACACACACAGAGUUAGGUAGGCUGAAGCAUCUCAAAGCCUUCGACUGUAGAAUAAACUGAAACACAGAAAUACAGUGCAAGCGCUGGAUUAUCCAGCCAUGCUGCCAUCGCUACAGUACGUGUUUUCACCCCCCCAGUCCUACUUCAGCCCUCACAUACGUUAUAUAGCUGCCAGAGAGAAGAAGUGUCUGUAAACGCUUCUUGCAUGAUGGCAUUAUACAUCACAAUAUCUACAAGUUUCUAAAAUGACUUCAAACAGAUGCGCACUUUUCCAUUAAACAGGAAAUGUGAGUGUACUAUACUUUUCUUUUAUAACAAACUAAACGUUUCUGUGUCAUUCCCAUUGUUACUAAUAUAUAAACUCCUAUAGCGCAUAUUGAAGAUGGACUCUACAUCUGCACACUGAGACUGGAGUUGAAAAGCGAGUCAGGAGUGAGUGCAGUGUUGGUCUGAAGGUGAAGGUAGUGGCGCGGUCGGAAUGAGAAGCAUCUCGUGCCCGAGCGUUUGUAGCAACUACAGCUUCCCUGAUCUGUGUGUAAUUCUGCUCAACAACAUGCAUGCUGAUGGUAACAAUGUAAAAUCCCUUAUCAGUGCUGACAUUUUUUUAGAGACUAAUGUCCUGUUACCUGUGUCAUUCUAGUCUUUGUGCUGGGCACAAGGAAGAUAAGGGAUAGCCAUUGCUAAAUUGGAGCUUGUCACACUGACGUUCAAAUAAAUGACCACCUUGAUGGUUUUGCUACUUUUGUUCUCAAACACAAAUCACUGCUGAGUAUUUUUCAAAGUAGAAGCUACGAAACUUUCAGUGCACUAUGACAGUUAACUUUACGUGAUAUAAACUUGCAUGGCGUGCAGUUUGCUAGCACGGACCAUUUUGAAACUCAGAGGACAGUUACUCAACAGUUUCAGAUUUUUUAGUUUCAAAUUUGCAUUGCCUGUAACGGUCUGUGGAGUGACUUCAGUGUGAAUGUCGCAGAUAAAAUCCAAAGUAUUACUUGAUGCUCCCCCAGUGUCAACAGUAUUGCUAGCUAACUUUAGCUAAGGAAAGCUAGGAUGAGCCAGCUAGUGGCUAUAUUAUGUAUCAUGUGUCUCUGUUAGUGGGUGUGCUGCAUUAGCUGUUAGCCAGUGAAUGCCCUUUGUCCUCAAUGAAAUUACUGGGUCAACACGUGAAGGAGCAUUCAAUACAAUGUAACUGUUUCAUUUUCAAGUCAUUAUCAGAAACAGCACAGAAACCAGUUCAAUAAUCUAUUAGAAUCGAUGGUACAAACUCGUUAGUUACGUACUUAGCUGUGCAUUUUUGUCUUUGAUUUAAUGCUCCAAAAACACAUGUUCUUGAAUGUACGCUACAAUACAAGAUAUUACAAAAACUACAAUGAGGGAUUUUUAAAGUCUGAAAGUUGAUUUUCAUAGUGCUCUGAAAUGAAACCAGAAGGUAGGAAAUCAAUCAAAAGACUUUUGCUUUGAAAAACAGUAUGCAUUUUUGUGAACUACUUGUAAUUAAUGGGCUGAAGCAAAACCUGCAGUUUGGUCCUGCAUGGCACUCACCUGGGAUAAACUGGUCAAAGUUUAGGGUUUUUGUCCAGAAUUAAUUUUUUUUUUUUAAAGUAAGGAAAAUAAAAAAAUGUAUUUUUGCAGUGGCUGAGAAUCAUCCCUGUACGACAGCUACAUGUGGAAAUACAGAGUGUCCUCAAGGCUGUUCUCACCAAAAUCAUUGUGUAAUUUCCCAAAUUAGUCGUUUUGUUGGAUAUUCAGCUCCAGGUCAGAUAUACUGCGGUACGGCCUCCUUCCUGUUUGAGGUGGGUCCUGUUCAUGAUGAGUGUUAUGGAAAAAGUUAUAUGAAAUGCUCUAAAAAUUUAUAAUUGUUUUUUUCUGAGAAUGUAUUCGGUUGUGAGUGGGUAUGAAUGUGGUUUAUGAGUGUCGACAGAACGUGUGCGUGACUGAUUCUUUGUGUGUGAGUCUUUGUGCUGGGCGCCUGUGAUAGAAACAGAGGUUGUGUAUGUGUACUUUAGUCCAUUCUGUAGAGGAAUAAUUUUAACGUUUGUGUUAGUUGGUUGUAUCCAAAGAGAGAAACUGUAACGCAGUGGUGUGCCAUUGUUUAGUCCAUGAAACUCCAGUACUGAACAAAUUAAAUAAAAUAGUAGCAGAAACCCGA